AUGGACCAUCUCGUACAAGCCACACAGGGUAAAAAAGGAUUUGCUACCAAGAGGUUGAUUCUGUUUUCAAAUUUCUCUCAGCCGUUCACGGAUGACCAAGUGGACACUAUUAUUGAUGGAAUCAAAAAUUCGGGCACAGAAUUAAAUGUAAUAGGUCCACAGUUAAACGAAGAAGAUGACGAUGACGAUACUGAUGAACCUACGAUAGAUAAUAACUUUGGGAAGGAGAAAUCACCCCAGAUGAGAGCAGGGGAGGCCAUGAUUAAACAUAUACUCAGUGAGGUUAAUGGAGACAGCUACAGUUUUUUGGAAGCACUACCAGCUCUGAGUUACUUUCAAGCCAGACAAGUUCGACAAACUGCCUGGAAGGUUCAAAUGGAAAUAGGUACAGACUUGAAGAUACCAGUGUGCGGUUACACCAAGAUUAAAGAUUUUAAGUUGAAACAGUCGUGGAAGAAAGUGUAUGCUAAAGAUAGUGAGAGUGAGGUUGGCAAUUUACGCACACAACAUAAAAACGAUGAAGAAGAAACAGAAGUUGAUCCCGAAGAGCAAGUUGAUGGAUAUCGCUAUGGUAACACCCUGGUUCCAAUGUCAUCAGAUGAUAAAGAAAAUAUGAAAUACAGAGCUGUUAAAUGUCUGAAGAUUCUAGGCUUCACUAAAUCAGAAAAUAUUAAAAGACAUCAUUAUUUAGGAGAUGGUACUAUAGCUUUUGUUGCUGAUAAAGGUGAUGAGGCUGCAGCUGUAGCUCUAUCAGCUCUGAUAAAUGCUCUAUAUGAAACAGACUCAGUUAUGUGCUUGCUGAGCAAGGCCUUGAAACCAAAUGACCCCUUACCGGAGUUAUCUCCCUUGAUAGCCUCGUAUUUUAAACGUCCAGAAGAAGUUGAGUGUAAAAUUAUGAAGCCAUUAGAAGAAAUCAAAGAUCUAUUCAAACUGGAAAUCGUGGCCAAGAAAAAGGAUGAAAAAUCGGGAGAUGCAAUGUUUAAAGACAAGUAUGCUGCAGCUGUAGCUCUAUCAGCUCUGAUAAAUGCUCUAUAUGAAACAGACUCAGUUAUGGUUGCUAGAAGAGUCUAUGCUGCUAAUUCUGCACCGAGAUUGGGUUGUUUACUUCCAGUUAUUAAAACAGAUUAUGAGUGCUUAUAUUGGAUUGAGCUCCCCUUUAUGGAAGAUCUGCGACAGUUUACGUUUGGCUCUCUACCAGUCACAGAUGAUGUACAAACCAAUAAAAAAUUCAAACCUUCAGCUGAUCAGUUAAAAGUUAUGGAUGAUUUAAUCACCAAUAUGGAUCUCUCCAAGAAAGAGGGAGAUGAAGACAGUGCAGAAGUUUUAAAACCAAAGUUAACCUUUAACCCUUAUUUUCAACGAACAUACCAGUGCUUGCUGAGCAAGGCCUUGAAACCAAAUGACCCCUUACCGGAGUUAUCUCCCUUGAUAGCCUCGUAUUUUAAACGUCCAGAAGAAGUUGAGUGUAAAAUUAUGAAGCCAUUAGAAGAAAUCAAAGAUCUAUUCAAACUGGAAAUCGUGGCCAAGAAAAAGGAUGAAAAAUCGGGAGAUGCAAUGUUUAAAGACAAAGAAGAAGAUGGUCCAGCAGCUAAGAAAGUUAAAAUUGAUGAUGAUUUCGAAGGUGGUUUAGAAAAUAUUGGCAGAGCAAAGAUUACAGAGGUGGGAUCAGUGACCCCUGUAGAAGAUUUUAAAGCGUUGAUUAACUAUAGAGAUGAAGACUUGUUUGAUAAAGCGUGUGAACAAAUGGAGAAGACAAUAGAAAAGAUAGUGAUGGACUCGUUUGGUCCUCAGUUUUAUGGUAAAGCUAGUGAUUGUCUGAAAGCUUACCGAGAAGAGUGUAUUAAAAAUUCGAAACCAGAUGUUUAUAAUAAAUUUAUUCGACAAUUUAAAGAAACGUUGAUUAGUAAAGCUAAACGUGAUUUCUGGGACCAAAUUGUUUUAGACAAACAGGGGUUAAUCUCCAAACUGGAGUGUGAAGGCAGUAAAGUAAGUAAGGAAGAAGCUGAUGCUUUACUAGCUGAUGAUGUGAAGAAGGAGGGAUCCCAGAAGAUAGAAGAAGCUGAUGAUGCUGAUGAUUUGCUGGAUAUGAUGUGAUGUAAAAAUGGUGCUGGAAUCGAAUCAUCAUUUUUAAAAGGCAGCAUAAUAAAAAACAAUUUUUAUUAUCAUUUUACCAACCUAGCUCUUUGUGAACUUGUUGGUUGAUUCAACUUAGAAGGAUUAUGUGUGAUCAUUUAAUGCAGAACUGGUGAAAAUUUAAAGACUUUUCAACUCCUGUGAACCACCUUCACUGUCAAGCUAUUACAAACUUCUUCUUAUACCUUGACUGCAAUAGUCAACUCUUUUGUAUCACAGAAUGCAGUGCUUUGAUUGGAUUGUAAUGUAAGUGUUUGAUGAUGUCACCAAUCGCGAAGGGCCUUAUGUGAUAAAGGAUAUUUUACGAUUAGUGACGUCAUCAAACACUUAGUUUCAGUGGAAUUGCAGGAACCACAGACAUCUGAUUGAAAAUUAGAAUGGUUCAAAUGCUAUCAGUUGCACAUAAAUUUUUUAGAAAACCUCUCUCAUUUCAUUUCAUUUUCCAUGGAUACAGAAUUGACAAUAUUUGUGUGUAUCUAAAUGUGAAAUACAGUACAUCGUUAACUACUUUA